AUGGCAAGCAAAAGAAAGGCAAUCGAGUAUGAAACUGCCAGCACUGAUGGCGGAGAUGUCACGGCGGCGCUCAGGGGCGUCCAGAGAGCCGGCAAGCGGUUCAUAGGGGUCCGACAGCGACCGUCAGGGCGGUGGGUGGCGGAGAUCAAGGAUACCAUACAAAAGAUACGAGUAUGGCUAGGCACGUUCGAUACUGCGGAGGAGGCUGCCAAGGCCUACGAUGAGGCAGCCCGCCUCCUCCGCGGGGCCAACACUCGGACUAAUUUUUGGCCCACUUGUCCAAAUUCUUCGUCUUCUUCUGCGGCUCUCCCUUCAAGGAUCACCAACCUUCUACACAGCAGGCUUCAGGCAAGAAACAGUUCCUUAGCAACAAAUAACAAUUUUGAACCUUAUUCAUCUCCCUGUACCGAUCAAAAUCAGAAAAAUCAGCUGCUGGACAUGGCAGCUGCUGAUUUUCCUUAUUUUAGUUACGAGGAGUUCGCCCUGGAAAAGUUUUCCAGAGCGAUUAGUGGUGACGAGUGCCCGGUUCUAGAAACAAGUGAGAGCCACAAAGUGCAAACUAGCACCAUGAAUUUGAUCCAGGAAUCCAGUGAAAACACUGGAACCUUGGACUUUGAGUUCGUGGAUGAAACCGGGUGGUCGAGUGGGUAUUCAGCUUUCGAGAUUGCCGAAGAGAUGGCAAAGAGGACGGAGGUGGAGGUGGAGGUGGAGGCGGAGGAGAUGAGUGAGGACAUGAAAAGGAUGAACUACGAGAGGAAGUUUUCAGCAUCUCUAUAUGCCUUCACUGGGAUUACGGAGUGCCUCAAAUUGAAGCCAUCUCUCGACGACUCCGAGCAGCCCUCAAGGCUCCGGAAUACUUGUAAAUCCAAGGCAGAAGAUAUGGUGAGCAACAGCAAAUGCAUGUCCGAUCUUGAUGAUGGAGACUGGGCUUCAAUCAAUCUCCCUCCUUUGUGUUUCAUCAACUAUUAUCAACACCAAUUUGACGCAUACACAUCGAUUUGGGACACCCUUCACUAG